UGGUUUGUUCUUUUCUUGGUUGUGAGUGUGCAUGCUGGCCCUAUCUCCACUAACCUUUUUCCUACUUUUACCUUUUCUGUCUGCUUUCCUUGAUGCUGUAAGAGAUGAGUUGAGCUUGUUUCUGCUCAAUUUCCCCUGUCAGAGGAUAAGGGGAUGUGUAGAGGGCUAUAUGAUACUCCUCUUCUAAGGACUAGGCAUUUUCAAAGCCAGGAGUAGGAGGGGUGGACCACUGGCCUUGUCUUUGGCUGCACCCUUUGGGGUUCCAGUCUCCUUGGGUGGCUUCCUUUCCUUUCGCAGAGCAUCCUGAUUCUGUCAUCCUCUACCAUCUCAUGCCCACCCUGGGUACUAAGAUAUUGACGGGAGGUUGUGUCCUAAGUGACAGGUUGCAAGUUAGGAGCCAAGCAUAGACUUGCCCCAUUUUUUAGAUCCUUUUCCUUGAGAGGGUAAUUGGGCAGAAUAAAGUGUGGGUGGGGGGGGGGGAAGUAGCAAACAGAGCCGCGAAGGAAUCACGCCUGCCCUCUUUUCCCUGUCUUCCUUCGAUGCGUGUCUCAUUACCUUUUCUCCGCUUUGAGAAAGGUGGUCCCACGGCCGUUGCCUUUUUAAGAGAGGCCCGGCCCAGCGGAGGGGGUGGGGAAGAGGCGGAGUCUGCGGAGCAAGGGAAGGAACAAAGCGCGGCCUGCGGGUGGAGGCUGGGCUCGGCAGACCGGACUCCCGGGAUUCAAGGGUCUGCGGGGGGCUACCCAGGCGGAGCCUCGGAGGGAAGGAGGGCGGCAUCGCCGGCCCGGCCAUGAAUGGUCUGCCCUCAGCCGAGGCUCCGGGCGGAACGGGCUGCUCCCUGGCCGGGCUCCCGCCUCUGCCGCGCGGCCUCAGCGGCCUCCUUAACGCUAGUGGGGGCUCGUGGCGGGAGCUGGAGCGAGUCUACAGCCAGCGCAGCCGCAUCCACGAUGAGCUGAGUCGCGCCGCCCGCGCCCCGGACGGGACCCGCCACGCCGCCAGCACGGGACCCGCCGCCGGCCCGCGUCGUCCUGUCAACCUGGACUCGGCGCUAGCUGCGCUGCGCAAGGAGAUGGUGGGGCUGCGGCAGUUGGACAUGUCCCUGCUGUGCCAGCUGUGGGGCUUAUACGAGUCAAUCCAGGACUACAAACACCUGUGCCAAGACUUGAGCUUAUGUCAGGACCUGUCAUCCUCCCUGCACUCGGACAGCUCCUACCCACCUGAUGCUGGCCUAUCUGAUGAUGAGGAGCCUCCUGAUGCCAGCUUGCCCCCCGACCCACCACCCCUUACAGUGCCCCAGACACACAAUGCCCGUGACCAGUGGCUGCAAGAUGCCUUCCACAUCAGCCUCUGAAGGGCUAGAGGGUGGCUGGCAUGCACUCAUGCAAAAGGCUCAGAAACUCAUCCAUCAGGAAGUCCUCAGACUGCAGUGCCUGCUCUUUCCCCCAUGCCACCUCACCUCACAGGAGGGCAAGGUGUGUGCCACCUCAGAGGCAAAACUGCCCACUCCCCUCUCCUGCCUUGGGUUAGCUGGCACUGGGGUGGGUACUUCCGUUACAGCCUCUGCCCAUGGCACUGGGCCUCCACUUCUCCCACAUGUGUAUGCCCCUUGGCUUGGCCAACCCUCAUUUCAGCGGCGGGCCCCAAAGCAUUCUCCCCUUGGCGUCUCUGGGAUUGGGUUGAGUGCCUAGCUCCCAUCUCCUCGCCUUUUGCUUUUGGCAGCUGCUGCCUCAGGGGCAUCCCAUCUCUGAUCUCUGGGUUCCACUCCCCUCUGGACAAGGGUUCCAGGACCCGUCCUUGCACUUAACCACCGCCAGGAGGGUCAAGGCCCCAUGCUGGAUAUUUAAUUAGGGGCCAACCUUCUGGACGCAAAGAUAAAUAAAUACUCUCU